AUGGACAUCACCUCACUUUCUUGUAAUUUGAUUAUUAUACAGAUUUAUUCUGAGCAAAUUGGAAAUGUGAUGAUAGAUGCUCGUUCUACAGGAAAAUAUUAUCAUUUUGUACGCCUAAUGGGACGUGCUGCUUCCCACAUUACAUUACAGUGUGCUCUGCAAACUCAUUCAAACAUCACUCUUAUUGGGGAGGAGGUUGCCUCUGAGAAGCUGACUUUGAAAAAUGUUACAGAUUACAUAGCGGAUGUAAUUUGUAAACGUGAAGGUCUUGGUUAUAACUAUGGUGUCGUACUCAUACCUGAAGGACUUAUUGAUUUCAUUCUUGAGGUGCAACAACUUAUUUCGGAACUAAAUGAAAUUUUGGCGAGUGGAAUUCUAGACGAGAGUGGCAAAUGGAAAGAGAAGCUUAUUCCUCAGUCUCUACAGCUUUUUGAGAUACUUCCUCCUACAAUUCAAGAUCAAUUGAUGCUUGAAAGGGAUCCCCAUGGAAUUGUUCAGAAAAUGCUUAUGCAAAUGGUUGAAAGUGAAUUAGAGAAGAGGAAGCAAGUGGGCCAAUAUGCAUGCCACUUUAAAGGCCAGUCCCAUUUUUUCGGUUAUGAAGGACGAUGUGGUUUGCCAUCAAACUUUGACUCUUCUUACUGUUAUGCAUUGGGUUAUGGUGCUGGAGCUCUACUCCAGGGUGGUAAAUCCGGACUAAUAUCUUCCGUUGGAAAUUUGAGUGCACCCGUGGAAGAAUGGACUGUUGGUGGAACUCCAUUGACUUCUUUAAUGGACGUGGAAAGGAGACAUGGUAAAUUCAAGUCUGUGAUAAAGAAGGCGAUGGUUGAGCUUGAUGGUCCCAUUCAGUUUGUUGGAGCGGAAGCUGAUAGAGCCAACCACACUUUGUUGUUGGAGCUUGGAAUCCAGGUCUAA